AUGUUGUUCGGACUGAGCCUCUCUCAAACUUUCCGCAUCCUCGAGAUGGUGUUCUGUGCAUUAGCGCUGAUCAUCCCGAUGUUUCGAGGCCCCAUGUCCAGUCCGUACGGGAUCUGGUGUGAGUUUGUAUGGGUAUUCGGACUUAUUGUAGCUGUGGUGAUCUUUGUAAUCGAGAAGUGCCUGGUGGAUAAACUAAUAGAGCUCCUUGUGCUGAAGCACACUUGGAAUGAUCUCUCCUGUGGAUUGAGCCUCCUGUCAUCCCUCAUGCUGUUGUCUGCAUGUCUCAUCUACUGCACCGUGUUUGUGUGCGCAACAUGCAUCGCAGACAUGAUCUGCGCCAUCGCCUCCAUCCUGGCGUUCGUUGCGUACGUAGUCGACGCCGUGAUGUUAAAACUCAAAUGUCCUGCGGGUUACCUGUCCAGCAUGCGAGGCAUCCUGCGCUUCAGCCAAGCGUUUGUAGCCUGCCUCAUUUUUACCGCGGUCUACAGCUACUUCAAAGGAGUGGAAAACCAGUUCCGGCCUUUAGGUUUGAUCUGGUGUAUUCUGGUCUACGUGGUGUGUUUUCUUCCAACCGUGCUGGUGAUACCGUCACACCUGCAGAAGUGCGUGGAUCUGCUGCGAUGGUUCGACCUCAAUAAGUUGGAGCUGGUGCUUGAUGUUGUUGCUGUCGCUCUAUACAUCUCUGCUGCCAUCCUCUGGCCUGCGUAUGGCUAUAAAAACUAUAAAAGAGACUCCAAAACCCACGAUUAUCGCUUUCAUGACCUUAACUUGGUCACAGUCUUGACGUAUGUGAACUUGGGGCUUUACCUCGCAGACCUCAUUUGGACUUUGAUUGUACUUUGUAAAAAAAGGUAGGCAUGUUGUAGAGUCUGGGCUUUUUGGUUUUUCAUAAAGUGUUUUUUCAGACUAGUGAAAAGAAAACGUCCAAAAGACACUGUCAAGUGUUCCUUUUGUAGCACUUUAUCUAUUUGUGUCAACAGAUUUCAAUUACAAUACAUAUUUUUAAAGGCCGUUUUCCCAAAAUGAGCUUCUUCUUCUACACUAAGCCAUAAAUCUCUA